UGUUUUCCCCCUACCAUCUCGCUACUGGACGGGAGCUGCCAUGUGAGACACUUCACAUGGGCGCAUCGACCGGAGCCCAGGACGCGUCGGAGACCCCGCCAUCCGCCAACGGCCCCCCGAGAGGCAUCGGUGUUGGAGAGCAGCAAUGGUCCAGUCAGCGAGAACCGCAGUGGAGCCACACUGAGGCAGAUUCAGCCAACCGGCCCCUCGUGUCCCGGGGACGGUUGGACGUUCCGAGCACUUUAAGGGGCGCAGGAAGCCGAGGAGGUCUUAAUCCGCCCCGGGCCCGCACGCCCGCCCUGUCAGACUAACCGCAUCCCUGCGCCGCCUCGCCGCCCCCUCCGCCCAAAAUGACGGUGGUCUCAGGAGACAACGUGGACGAGACUUCGGCCGUGCCGGGCCACCCCCAGGACGCCUACCCGCCGCCCGACAACAACGACCACGAGUGCUGCGAGAGGGUGGUCAUCAACAUAGCCGGCCUCAGGUUCGAAACGCAGCUCAAGACCCUCUCCCAAUUCCCGGAGACGCUGCUGGGCAACCCCAAGAAGCGCAUGCGCUACUUCGACCCCCUGCGAAACGAGUACUUCUUCGACAGGAACCGGCCCAGCUUCGACGCCAUCCUGUACUACUACCAGUCCGGGGGGAGGCUGCGGAGGCCCGUCAACGUCCCCUUGGACAUGUUCUCAGAGGAGAUCAAGUUCUACGAACUGGGGGCGGAGGCCAUGGAGAGGUUCCGAGAAGACGAGGGCUUCAUCAGGGAGGAGGAGCGACCCCUGCCCGAGAAGGAGUUCCAGCGUCAGAUCUGGCUUCUCUUCGAGCACCCGGAGAGCUCGGGCCCAGCCAGGGGGAUCGCCAUCGUUUCCGUCAUGGUCAUCCUCAUUUCCAUCGUUAUAUUUUGUUUGGAGACUCUACCGCAGCUCGAGGAGGUACCCCCCCUGGAGACUGUAGGCAACACCACCAUCUACUACAAGCCAAACAUCCUCACAGACCCCUUCUUCAUCAUCGAGACCCUCUGCAUCAUCUGGUUCUCCUUCGAGUUGAUAGUACGCUUUCUGGCGUGCCCCAGCAAACCGGCCUUCUUCAAGAACAUGAUGAACACCAUUGACAUUGUGGCCAUCAUCCCCUACUUCAUCACGCUGGGCACCGAGCUGGCCGAAGACCCCGACACCGAGGGGGUUGGGGAGCAGGCCACGUCUCUGGCCAUACUCAGGGUGAUCCGUCUGGUUCGGGUGUUCCGGAUCUUCAAGCUUUCCCGACACUCCAAAGGACUGCAAAUUUUGGGGCAGACGCUCAAAGCCAGCAUGCGAGAGCUGGGACUGCUCAUCUUCUUCCUCUUCAUCGGCGUCAUCUUGUUCUCCAGCGCCGUCUUCUUCGCCGAGGCCGAGGAGCAGGGUUCCUAUUUCAGAAGCAUCCCCGACGCCUUCUGGUGGGCGGUGGUGUCCAUGACCACCGUGGGCUACGGCGACAUGGUGCCGGUCACCAUCGGGGGCAAGAUCGUGGGAUCUCUGUGCGCCAUCGCUGGCGUGUUGACCAUCGCGCUGCCUGUGCCCGUCAUCGUGUCCAACUUCAACUACUUCUACCACAGGGAGACGGAGGGCGAGGAGCAGGCCCAGCUGCUCAACGUCAGCAAUCCCAACAUCCCGUCCGACACCAACUCCAGCCGUCGCAGCUCCUCCGCGGUCAGCAAGUCCGAGUACAUGGAGAUCGACGGCGACCUGAACAACAGUAUCGACAACUUCCGGGAGGCCAACCUCAGAACUGGCAACUGCACUAUAGCCAACCAGAACUGUGUGAACAAGAACAAGCUGCUCACAGAUGUUUAGGCGCCGGGACCGUGGUGGGCUUCGCCAGGGCUUCGUUAAGGCCUGCUGAAAACGGAGAAGCUAACACCGUUAGAGUAGAGAGCAGUUAGAUAGGCUAAUCGAUUCUUCUAAUCCCGCAAGUAUGUACGCCCAAAUGAUCUCCUCUCCUAUUGAUAACCUCACAUAUAACCGACUAGGAGUUAGGAUGCAGAGCACACUCACGUCUUAUCAGGCAAAAGAAUGCAUGGAACACCGAGAACCAACACAGCGGAGAAGUCAUCGCCAACUUGAAAAGAAGCUAGAGUAGAUGUUGGAUCCUCCGCUGCCACCCACCCCCGAUUCCACUUCCUCCCCGCCCCCCUUUGAAGGAUCUGACCGUUCCGCGAGAAGCACCUUAUGGGAGGAAGACCGACCUGGAUGUAAACGCGUCCGCUGGCUCCCGGGGGGGGGGGGGCGGCCGAGUGAUCCGGAGCCCCCUUUAGAUGCAGCGCAGCGCCGCGAGCUUCACGCAUGAUGACUGACUUCCCAUUUUGACGCAUGCAACCGGACCAAUACGUUCUUGCCAUCACGGAGACCGUGUUCUGUCGGCGCCGUCCGUCGCCCGUGUUUUUGCACCAAACGCACCCGACGAGGGUUUGAGUUGACAUGUUUAGAAAUAUAGGAUUUGAAUGUUCAAUCUUAAGGGGACGCUUCAGAAAUGAGAUCAUAGCAUGAGAAAAAAAAAAGAACCUGCAUUACGGUCGUUGGACAUUAGGUACGUUUUGUAUGCUGGCAUAUUUAAUGCAUGACAUUAGUAAGCAGCUUGUUGCAACUCAGGCACUCUGCAGAGUCCUUUUUUGGUCAGGGAAAGGAAAAAGAAUCCCCAAAAUGCAUUGCAUUCCCAUAUAUAUCCAAAGCCACAAUUUAGCCACUUUAAGAAAUCUAAGUAACCACUAUCCAAACUGCAUUUAACCAUAAAGUAAGUUCAAAUAGCGCAGUGCAUGAGCCUCGGUUCCACGAGAACACUAGCUUCCGUUUCCACUUCAGGUUUGGUUUUGGGCGGCAAAUUGCCGACGCGCAGUUUGCGGAACGAUUGGAGUUCUUCGGACGUGAGUUGCUAGUGCCUUUAAUUCCGCUCACCGCCAGGACCAGCGGAAGUGCCUCUCAGUCGUUAUGGGAUGGAAGCGUGCGGUUCGGCUGACCUGCUUGAGAUCUUAGUCGUGACAGGGAGAAGAAGACGAAGAACGAAGAACGACGAGUGAGUGAAAAUCAAAACAAAAUAAGAUCCCGACUCUCGCGCACAAGCUGGUUUUGGCUUAACGACGCUUAACCAAGCAGCGACGUAAUGUAUUUUCCAUGUUUACCGAUCCAAAUCAAAAGGGAAUACUGACAGGUUUUCACCAUCAUUUAUUCAUGCCUGGCCUUGUUUGUUUGUUUGUUUGUUUGUUUGUUUGUUUGCUCUGUGCAUCCUUCCAGAGUCUCUACCUCAGUUUGCCAGGUCAUUGCAGACACGCUGCAGAGGCGCAUUCAACAUUCAAAGCAGGGUUUCCUUCCCUCCCUCCCUCCUUCCCUCCCUCCCACCCUUCAGUCCUUCCUUCCUCCCUUCCUCCCUCCCUUCCUUCCUUCCUUCCUCCCUUCCUCCCUUCCACUCCAAACUGCAGUGGUGCAAUACUGAACGCGAGCAUCCCAAAGUAUCAUCGCCUUUGCACGAGCACUUAAGGAGGAAAAAAAGAGAGAGAGAGAGAGAGAGUGUGUGUGCGUGUGUGUGUGUGUGUGUGUGUGUGUGUGUGUGUGUGUGCACUGUGUCACCUUCACACUGCAUCUUUUCGGUUGUUUGUUUUGUUUUUUUUUGUCACUGAAGCUUCGCACAAUCAGAAUGUUGAUUUGGAGAGGGAUCGGUG